AUGACAGAAGAGGUCAGAGAACAGUGGGUAAUGAAAUUCGAUGGGUCUUCUACUACCCAUUCCGGAGGGGUAGGAGUAGUUUUGUAUCAUGAAGAAGACAAGGCAGUGGCGCUGUCAUUUAAGCUGGAAUUCCCUUUUUCAAACAACACGAUGGAGUACGAAGCCUACCUAACCGGGCUUGCCACAGCUCUCAAAAUGGGAGUCAAACAUUUGAGGGUAUUGGGAGAUUUGAACCUGGUUGUCUGCCAGGACAAGGGAAGCUUUUCCUUAAAGGAGCCUAGCCUAGCCCAAUACAGAGUGAUGGCCCAGAGGAUGGAAGAAAAAUUUUCAACCUUCGAAAUAGAGCAUGCUCUGAGAAACGAAAACCAGUUUGCAGAUGCAUUAGCCGCAUUAGGGUCGCAAAUAAUCUUCAAAGGGGAUAGCACCAGGAUAGAAGUCAGCAAGUGGGAAGAAUCCAUCAUUGGGGUGUUGAAGGAAAAGUUCCGGGAGGAAUAG